AAAAAAUCAAUUCGAAAUGCUCGGACAAAAAGCACACAGACGUGAGCGGCAGCUAUGGAUGCCCAGCGCGACGAGGAGGCCGCUGCCGCUGCGGCAGCAGCGCCGCUCCUCGCCGCGCCGGCGGGCAGCACGCGGAGCCCCGCGGCCGACGGGCACAUCCUCUCCGCCGCCUUCCUUUUCGUUUUCGCCGCCUACGGCGCCGCCCAGAACCUCGAGAGCACCGUCAACACGCUUCUGGCGGCGGGAUCGCGGUGUGCAGGAGGGCGACUUGGGCACCGUCUCUCUGGGGAUCCUGUACACCUCCUUCACGGUCUUCUCGGUGGUCGCGCCGCCGGUGGUGACGCGGCUGGGGCCCAAGCGCGCGCUCGUCGUCGGCAGCAGCAGAUACGUGCUCUUCAUCCUCGCCAACCUCGUCCCGACAUGGUACACAAUGGUGCCAGCUUCACUAUACCUUGGUUUUUGUGCAUCGAUCAUUUGGGUUGGGCAGGGUACAUAUCUUACAUCAGCUGCCCUGAGCCAUGCAAGAGAGAAUAAUUUGCCCGAGGGUCGAACUUUGGGGAACUUCACCGGAGAGUUCUGGGGAAUUAUAGCUAGCACGCAGGUCAUUGGAAAUUUGCUCUCACUUGCUCUACUGAGAAAUGGAAAGUGUGCAGUGGUUACUGGAUAUUUGACCUCCGGACUCGAUUCAGCUACAUUAAUAGUGUCAUUUGGAGCUAUUGUCCAGGCUGUAGUCCUAUUCUGGUUGCUUCUUUUUUACAGCCCAAUGGAUGGAGUGCUUGGCACAGCAGCUCCGCUACUCAUAGGCGCCUUAUGGGGUGUUGGUGAUGGGAUGUUGAAUACAAAGUUAAAUGCAGUUGUUGGACUCAUGUUCGAAGAUGCUAAGGUAAUCUACACCUAUGGGAUGAAGACGAUGCCAUGGUCUCAUUUACUGGAAUCUGCCUUUGCACAGUUCAAGGUCUGGGAAUGUGGCGCCGUUGCCGUCAUCUUCUUCCUGAGCCCGCACAUCGUGCUACAGGUCAUGCUCAUCUUGAUGACUGCGUCCCUUGUCAUCUCAUUCGGCGCGUUCCUGUUCCUCACAAUUGCUGUCGAGAAGUCAUCAUCGCCAUCGGCUGUCGGAUCCUGAGGCAAAUCUGUUAUCCAUUGCCCAACCAAACGGGAGCCAGACCCUGCAUCUUCGUCGGUGUUACCAGCAGAGCACUGCCCCGUUUUGUGUUCACCAGCGGCAUGGAAGGGAAAUGCCUCAUCCAUCCUAUAUGAGUUGACACCAUGUUUUGCUGUGCUAUUCGGUUCAGAUAUUGCUGAAGUUAUAGCAGGUCUACUGAAUGGGGAAGCCGACAAUUGGGCUUCAUGGAUGUGCUGCUGCUACAUUGAGCUGGGCGAUCUUGCAGAUCUUGUGUUAGACAACAAAAUGGUUUUGUGUACUAAAAAAACUAUUUAUUGCUAGUACUUCACAAUAUCUCAUACCUGUACAGUUUUAAAACCGAAACGGGAUUAUGGGAAUAGAACUUAUCGAGUUGUAUACAUGCCAUGAGUCCACGAGAUCCACAUAA